GAGUAAAGAAAUGGCGACCCUUGAUAACAGCCCAUCGCUGUUUUUAGGACAGCCAUGGACGGCAUGGGCCGACAGAUUGCCAAUCCAGGAUAGAGAAGCUGUAGAUGGCGCCGAGCAGAGUGUCAGUGAGGAGGUGGAUCCACGAGCAGGACCUAUGCGUUUACGUAAAGAAGACAUGAGCUGUUUUGGUAUAUGCCCAUCCAAAGAUGAUUUCUACUUGGCUGUGUGUGAGCACUGUGGACAAGUGAUAAAACCACAAGCAUUAGAGAAUCAUAUGGCAUUGAGGCAUGCCAAUGCACCAAGUCUACCAACACCAACACCUUCUCCAGUCUUGUCUUUUUCAAAUAAUUCACCAGUCUGUUCCAAUAGUAGUAGUUGUGAGAGCAAUGCAGGCACUCCACAGAAACCACACUCAUCAACUAUCGUACAGUCUGACAAUGUGAAACAUAAGGAUGUGAAUAAAAUGAUAAUCACUGCCAAACCUACAAUUGGUGCCUGUGUCAGAACGCCUUCACCACAGAAUGCAAAGUUAACCAGUACUCCACCCAGCACACCAAAGACUAUGCCAUCACAGACGAAAAAGAACUAUACUAGUCCUGUUGUCAAAAUGGAGAGGAGUUCACGGGCACUAGAAGAAUUAGCUAAUCUCAAGAAAUCACAGACCAUGACAGACAAGAAGAAUAAUAUUGCAACAAAUAAUAAUAAUAGUGAUGCAAUAAAUGGUACAAGUAGUAGUAAAAAUAGUACACCAACCAAUAAAUCAACAAGUAAAAGCACUCCUCCGUCAACUAAGAGUGGAUCAUCAACCUCUAAAAACAGUCAAAGUGGUAAAAGUGCUACACCCACAAGUAAAAGUACUACGCCUAAAAGCAGUUCAACUACCAAGAAAAAUUCUCCCAGAAAAUUACUGCCCUGCAAAGAUAGAGAAUUUGAUGCCAAUAAACAUUGUGGAGUUUGGUUAUCAGACAUCCAAAAACACUGUACAAGAUCACUUACUUGCAAGACACACGCACUUUCACUGAGGCGGGGUGUAGCUGGUAGAAGGAAACCGUUUGAUGACUUACUGCUUGAACAUCGAGCGAGGAGGGAAAAAGAAAUGCAGCUAGUGAAUGAAGCCAAAUUAUUACAGCAAAAAAAAUCACAACAGAGUGCUAAUAACAAGACGAGUACAGAUGAGAGUGCAAACAAAAUUCCAUCCCCAUCAAAGUCAUCAAAUUCUUUAACACACAAAAGACCUUUACCGUCAACGCCUACAGGUGUGCUAAGUCAUUCAUUGAAUACUGCCACAAGUAGUACUGAUAACAAACUCGGCAGUGAUGCUGAAAUAGAUGGUGCUGAUGAAACAGAUAAUCUAAACUGUCCAUAUACAAAUCAUCAUCCCAAACCUGCUGCGGUAUGUACAUUUGGUGCACGGUUGAUGGGUAGAGGAUGUUACGUGUUUAAUAGGAAAUCUGAUUAUGUCAGAUCUUCGUUAAUGUCAUUGGUGGAAAGACAUUUACAUCCCCCACCAUUCAAAAAAAUGUGUAUUUCCAGUCUUAAAACUUCAACACUAGGUAGCCCUGUGACACAAGCAGUUCCAGUGGAUAAAGGUUUACCAACCUAUUCAACUGCCAUAAGUGCUAUGAGUGGUAACUUUACACCAAUAAUGGCAAAUGGACCAUUGAACAAAACACAAAACAGUUCCAAGAAAUCAAAGUCUAAUAGUAAACAAGGGAAAUCUAAAGACGGAUUAAGUGCUUCCAUGUCGAAGAGUAAAUCACGGCGGAAGAGUGGCAGUAACAGCACAAUCAGCCAGGCAAGUGUGAUGCCAGGCUUGACUACUACGAGUAACAGUCUAGCGCCAUUGACAAUACCUCUUCAAAGUGGAAGUGGCAGUGGAUUCAACAUAAAUACUGCUACCUACCCAGAAAUGGGACAAAAUGCUAUCUUAUCAAGCAGUACAGGAAAUCUUAUAAAAGACUUAAGUAUUGUUGUUACAAAUAUAGAUGCAAAUGUUAACAAUGGAUUAACUCCAGGUCAAGUUAUUAACGGAGUGAAUACUGGAAGUCCACAUGUGCUUGCCACCAACACAGGACAAAUUGUGACUUCAAACAUUGGACAACUGGCUGCAGUGAAUAAUGCACAGGCUCGUCUACAGUUUCAUACUACUGUUCCCAUAACUACUACUGCACAACUAGCAAACUUAAGUAGUGCUAACUUCCAUGCCAGUAUUGGCUCAAGUAUGCAAGGAAAUGUUAUAUGCACCAUGGGUGACAUGAAACAAAGUAGUGUACCUGUGGCUAAAGCUGCCAAUGCAAACAAAACAAAUGCAAGGUCUCGGAACAAAAGUGGGAAGCAGAGUAAUACAACACGGAUACAUGCUGCUCGUCAGGGCUCUAUGGCUAGUUCAAAUCUGAACAGGACAGAUAGUUCAUUUGACACUACAAGCAGUGGACCCCCUUCUGCACAACCUAGUCCUGGUUCAAUGUCAAUGACACCAAGCCCUAACUUUCGACCUGGUUCAAUAAGUCCUCAGAUCUCUGUCCAGUCACCUCUACCGAAUGGUAUCAUACCAUCACCAUCAGCAAUCAAUCUGAAAGUAAAUCAUUUUCCAACAGUAACUAUCAGCCCCAGCAGAAACAGUACUCCAUCUCCUAUCACUAUUACAAGUUCUACUGAGGCUUCACCUAAUAACAGUGGACAUUUUAAUUCAUCAAUGUUCACUCAAACUGGUAAAUCAUCAUCUGCUGCAAGAGCCAACACAAACUUCCAGAAACAGAUUUAUAAACAGCAUCAGUCGUUGACAUCCCAGCAGUCUCCAAUGCCACAACUACAGACACAGCAUCAUCAGCUUGCUAAUAUAGUUGCAGCUAGUCAAAUAUUUCCCAACAUGCAACAGUUACAGCCGAAUCUACUGAAACAGGAGUCUGGCAAAGCACCACCAUCAUUGACUAUUCAGCCUGUGGCAAUCCGAUUACCAAUACAGCAGAGCCAACCAAUUACAAUACCACAGCCCUCUAGCCAGCCAAAGACAAUAGAGUCUCAUCAACUCUUACUGAGACAGAGUGAUGAAACAAUGUAGUGGCUGUACGCAUGUGUUUUUAACAUAGGCCAAUUUAUUCUAUUUUAUUCUAUUAAAUAUGCUGCGUUUUUUUGUGAAUAAUGGUCUGAGAAAGCAGCAUACAGAAAUUCUAUUUUAAUACUUCUAUACCUACGAUGCCUAUUGUAUUUAUUGUCCUUAAAGGCAAAUUAUGUAUAUCUAUGUAUUGAAUAACUAUGCCCAAAGCACUGUGUGUAUUUUGCUUUCAAACUCAGGGAAUACAAACAUUGUGAGCUUUGAAGCACAUCUUCAAUCAA